UCACCAGUCACUUCUCCCUGUUUCUUUUCUCUCCCGCCGGACAGAGACAGAGCUUCGAGUCUUGUCUGUACGAGAAUGGAGUCUGGAGUGCUACGUACGACCGACCGGUGGAGGCCAAUCAAUGAUCACUAAGCAACUCCUCAAUUCCUUAUAAGUUCGCACCCUAAUCACGAGCCUCGCCUGAUCAAGAAGAUAAGGCAGAAACAGAGCGUGUGCACAUGGCGGCCAGCGGCGCGCUCCCGAUCGUGGACCUGGCCCCGUUCUUCGCCGCGGGUGACAGCGCCGAGUCCGGCAACGGCGUGGCCCGCGCACGCGCGACCGAGGACGUGCGGGAGGCGUGCCUGGCCACGGGGUUCUUCCGCGUGGUCAACCACGGCGUGCCGCGGGAGCUCAUGGCGCGCGCGCUCGAGCUAUCGGCGGCGUUCUUCGCGAUCCCGGACGACGAGAAGGCCAAGGCCCGUUCCCCCGACGCCAGCGCGUCCCUCCCGGUAGGCUACGCGCGGCAGCCGGCGCACUCCGCCGACAAGAACGAGUACCUGCUCGUCUUCAACCCGGGGCUCUGGCUCAACGCGUACCCCGCCGAGCCAGCCGGGUUCAGGGAGGCUCUGGAGGAGUGCUACGAGAAGCUGACGGAGCUGGGGCUGCUGAUCCAGGAGAUCCUGAACGAGUGCAUGGGUCUCCCCACGGGCUUCCUCGCCGGCUACAACGGGGACCGGAGCUUCGACUUCCUCGCGGCGCUGCGCUACUUCCCGUCGAGCUCCACGGAGGACAGCAACGGGCUCAGCGCGCACGAGGACGGCAACGUCGCCACCUUCGUCCUGCAGGACGACGUCGGGGGCCUCGAGGUCCUCGGGGACGACAGCAAUGGCGGAUGGAUCCUCGCGGAGCCCGUGGAGGGCAGCAUCGUGGUGAACGUGGGGGACGUGGUGCAGGUGCUGAGCAACGGCAAGUUCAGGAGCGCGACGCACCGGGUGGUGAGGAAGCCGGGGUUGCCGCACAGGCACUCGCUCGCCUUCUUCCUCACCGUCCACGGGGAUGCCUGGGUCGAGCCGCUGCCGGAGUUUGUGGCCGGCGUUGGCCAGGCGCCGAGGUACAGGGGGUUCCGGUACGGGGAGUACCAGCUGCUGCGGAUGAGGAACAAGACGCACCCGCCGUCCAGGCCCGAGGAUGUCGUCCACAUCACCCAUUACGCGAUCUAGCGCCGUGGCUCGUGAAAGCCAACCGGCUUCGAUUCCGUGUGGUGUGCACGUCUCGUCUGCGUUUUCCGCGGUCGAAUUUCACCUCGCUUCGACCUGUGCUGUUAAGCAGAGAAGAGGGAGACCAAAUUACAGAAUAAAGAGACACUGUCGUUCUGUUUGUGUAAGGUUUGACAUGUUUUUAGUCACCAAUCCAUUGUCGUCUAGUCCGGUUAGGAUAUCUGGCUUUCACCCAGACGACCCGGGUUCAAAUCCCGGCAAUGGAAGAUUGAGUUUUGCCUCUCUUUUUUUGCCCUAUUUAUUCUACGGAGUACUACUACAGUAGUUUAUUUGGGUAAUUGGGUUCAAACCAUGGAAAUUGGAUUA